AUGGUCGCCAUCCAGUCCCUUGUCGUCUCCCUCCUCCUGGCCGCGUCGACCUGGAAAACCGAACUCUGCAACUUGUCUCCGCGCCUGCAGAAGAUCCUCUGCCCUCGCGAGAAUGCUACCACGGUCACCACGCCCAUCGGUGUCGCCCACGGCGCGGCUGAUACCGGCGCGACGCGGUUCGCAGUCAAGUACGCCGCUGCCCCCCGGUGGCUGCCACCAGUACCGGCCACGGCCUGGGAGCUCCCGAACAACUCCACCGAUGUUACCGCCCUCCCGGUCCCGUGCGCCCAGUUGGACGACAACCUGAACUCACUCGGCACUGAGGACUGGGGAGCAACGAUCCACGGUGGUUCUUUCACCUCCGGCUCGGCCACCGCCGCCGGACUCGAUGGCUCCAACCUCGCCGCUGCGACCAACUCCAUCGUCGCCGUCAUCCAGUAUCGUCUUGGUGCUCUCGGCUUCCUGGACCCCAGCGGUGGUCACAACUUCGGUGUUAUGGACGUCAUUGCCGCCAUGGGCUUCCUUCAGGCGGUUGUCCCCAGCUUUGGUGGGGACGGUUCGAUCACCAUCGCUGGCCAGAGUUCUGGCGCAAACAUGGUCCGCGCCCUCCUUGCGAUCCCCGCCGCAUCGUCGCUCUUCCAGUCUGCCAUCCUGCACUCUGACCCCAUGGACUACGGCUUCCUUUCGACCAGUGUGCAUGACCAGAUUCUGAGUACCUUCACCGGCGACGCCAGCUGUGAUGCUUCAGACGUCGCUUGCUUCAAGACCAUGUCCUUGGACGACAUCAUGUCCGCGCAGAGCAACUUCCAAAUCGCCGUCUGGAACAACAACAUCCCCGCCGCCGCCGGCCAGUUCGAGCCCAUCCGUCCCGUUCUCGACGGCGAGAUGAUCCCCAACCCGCUCGACCUCACUGCGUCCUUCCCGUCGCAAUCGAAGCCGAUCAUCGUCUCCACAGUUCGCAACGAGGCCGGCAGCACCAUCUACCAGAACUUCCUCGACCCGAUCAGCACCGCGACCUACGAGAGCGUGGUCUCGUUCACGUUUGACGAGCCUCGCACAUCCCGCAUCCUGGCCACCGCCGUCUACGCCGCGUCUCCCGAUGUGAACGGCGUCGACGUCGACCAGCGCCCGAUCCUUGAGGAGCUGGGCACGGACCAGAUCUGGCGCUGCGCCUCGUGGACCUUCGCGCGCAAUUGGGUCGGCGCAGGCGGCAAGGCGUUCGUCGGCGAGUACAAGGUCGGCGCGACGUACCCCGGCAACGAUGCCGUGCCGUUCUGCACCGCGGGCGGCUCCGUCUGCCACCAGGACGACAUCGAGAUCAUCUUCGGCACGGUCCCGAGCCCGACCACCGCCCAGACGGCGCUGACCAAGGAGAUGCAGGCGCGCUACGCCAACUUCAUGCGCACCGGCUCGCCCAACGCGGACGGCUUCGCCGCGUGGAGCGUCGCGGGCACGGACAACGUGAACGCGAUCAACCUCGGUGCCCCUGGCCUUGCCACCGUCGGCGCGUGCAACACCAGCUACUGGGGCAACUUCGUCCAGUACGACUACCAGGUCUUCGACCUCUGA